UCUCGGCGGAUCAGCUCUGUGGCUCUGUGUAGUCGGAAGUUUGGAUCACGUUGGGCAUGUUUUAGCGGCAGCAGCAGAACUGCAGGAACCAAACAGAAUGCCAGGGUUCGAGUUGGAGCCAGUGGAAGGAGGCCAGCCCAUUGACCUACCGUAUGGAGAGACCGUCAUAGGAAGAGGACCAUUUCUUGGAGUGAGCGAUAAACGAGUGUCCAGAAACCACGGCGUUCUGGAGAACGUGGACGGCCAGCUGCGCCUCAAACCCAUUCACCUGAACCCGUGCUUUGUUCAGGACUCUCUGGAGACGCCCGCUGAGCCCCUGCAGAAGGACCAGUGGCACGUCCUGCAGGAGGGCUCCCUCUUCUCCCUCCUGCCGGGAAAAUACGUCUACAGAGUGCGGGUGUUAACGGAGGAGAGCACGCUCAGUAACAGUGAAGGUUUUGAGGAGGAGGAGGGGUCAGCAGACAGGGUGGAGAAGUCUAAACCUCCUCCAGAGAGUGGGGAAACGCUAGAGUACGUUCCUCAGGUCCGGAGCAGCAGCGAGUCUCAAACUCCUGAAUUAUCAACACUAUCAACUCAGGUGGAGGAGAAGGAGGUGGAGCCACACAGACCUGACCCCGCCCCUAGCAGACAGGUCGUUAGCGAUGUUCCCGGCUGCAGUGCAGCAGGUGAUUCAGCCCCUCCGACCCCCCAGAAGACGAGAGUUCUCCCCGCCUGGAUGACCGCAGCCGUUCCCGCAGCUCAGAGCCCGUCAACUGCGAAAGCAGCUACUAAGCAAACUCCAGCACGAGCUGCUCCAAAGACCACCCAGUCUAAACGGACCCCUGCGCCCAAACGAGCCAGAAACCAGCAGCGUUCAUCUGCAGACGAGGAAGAGGAGGAGCUCAGUGAUGUGGAACAGAAGCCCAAGAAGAGAGCAAGGAAGUUAAACAGUGACACGGAGGGGAGCCAGCAGGAGCAGGUUAACGCAUCGAAGCCCAGGAGAAAGAAGUCAGUGGAGGACCGACUCAGUGAAGACUCUGAACGAGAGGAAGAGGAAAGGAAGAUAGCAGAGGAUACACCGGUGUCCAGGGCUGGAGGGUCAGCGUCCCAGGCUGAAGACUCCGGAAGCUCUAAGAGCGAGAAGCAGCAGACGCAGGACGAACAGCAGGAGUUGAAGAACAGCAGCAGCAAACCUGAGGGUCCUCGCCGAACACCCUGUCCCUACGGUGCCUCCUGUUACAGGAAAAAUCCAAUCCACUUCCAGGAGUGUAGUCACCCAGGAGACAACGAUUAUGAAGAUGAGCAAACUAAUGGCAAUGAGGAUGAUGACGAGGACGAUGACCGGCCUGAGUGUCCUUAUGGCACCGACUGCUAUAGGAAGAACCCUCUGCACAAGAAGGAGUACAAACACACCAAACCUCCAGCAAAGGCCUCUGUGUCGGAUGAUGAAGAGGAUGAAGAUGAAGACCGUUAUGAGGACAGCUUCAUCAAUGAUGGGAGUGAGGAGGAGGAGGAGGUGGAUGAAGACUCAGACUACGUGCCCGAGUCUGAAGACAGCGGGAAAGAGGACGUUAAACGGCUGCAGAAAGAAGCCAAAGCUUUUCUGAGGAGGAAAAAGUAACUCAACACCCAAAUCCUGCAAAUCCUUGAGGUCUGCUGUCCAACUGAGCUCAGCUCCAGCCCCGAACAUCUGGUCAAAAAUCGUUUUUUACUUCAUUCCCCAUUUAAAAGACAUUUAUUUAUUUUUCAGAUUUUUCUUCAUAGAGUAUGUUCUUGAUUUUUUAAGUUUGAUGGUUAAGAUGCUCUACAAGCAGGAUCAACAUGACUAAAAUAGAUAAAACCAGCUAUAUAAUAUAUAAUAUAAUAGAUAAAAACAACUGACUGACUGAGCAAGAUCAAAUGCAGCAAUAUGGCUCUAAAAUAAUAUCACGAUAUUUUAUGCUCUUGUCAUGAUAACGAUACUCUUAUCAAUAUGACAAAAAACGGAAUAAAAAAAAAAAUAAUUUCAAGAACACACUACUGCAACUAAAUGAAAAUUAAAUUCGAAAUUUAUUGCAUAUGAUAUGAUAUGGCACACCCGUAACUGAGAUAUACUAUAUAAAAAUACAGGAAUUUUAUCAGAUCUGUAACAGAAGUCAGUGAUCCAGAAUAUCAUGAUACUAAUAAUAUCGCACUCCAAAUAUCUCCAAAUAUAUAUAUAUAUAUAUAUAUAUAUAUAUAUAUAUGUUGUUCUUGCUCUCUCUGGGUGGGUACAGUAGAUGGCAAUCUUUCUUUCUCCUCAUCACUCCGAGGGUGAUGUGGAUCAGCACAAGGCUGCGUCUGUGAGCUGAUGUAUCAGAACCGAAUCGCUGCGCUUUCCUCCGAGCAUUAGCGCUGUGAUGCUACUCGGCAACGCUGCAUCAGGAGCAGUUCAAAAAGAGGCGGAGUCUGACUUCACAUGUAUUGGAGGAGGUGUGUGCUAGUCCUCACCGUCCUGGUGUUGAGGCAUCACUAAUAAUAAAAAGGCUGAGUAGCAGCUGAAUGGGUGGCACAAUUGGCCUUGUUAAAUUAGGAGUAAAAUAGGCAGAACAUUUGAAAAUUUGCUACAGUGUAGGGCUGCAACGAUUAGUCAAUAUAAUCGACAAUGUUGAUUAUUUGAAUUUGUCGCCUACCAAUUUCAUCGUAGACUAAUCGUUCAUUUAGUUCAUUUAGUAAGUGUACCACAUUCCACAGAAGCUCAAUGGCCGAUGUGUUUGGGCACUUUGUGAGUGCGCCUUUUACCCAACAGAUUACAUAUUUAAUCACUAAAUAUCAGACUUUCCACUUUCAAACAAAAUCUAUACAUUUAAAUUCCUUUAAAAUCUCAUGUUCAGUUGUUUCUAUCGUUUUUUAAGAUGGAGGACAUGGCAGAAAU